AUGGAAGUGAAAUUCGGGAAUUAUAUAAAACCUUUAAACAAUCAGCACGUAAUAUAACUAUUAAUUUAAAAUUAAAGAUGGCUGCAACGGCCUCAGUAAUCUGCUUAAGGGUUAAACAGUCAUUAAAUUUCUUUUGUAUAUGUAUAAAUUAAUUCUACAAAUUCGCGUUCAUCCCAAAUAAACGUUAAAUAUGGUUCAAUUGAAUAUUACAGUUUGUUAAUACGAUAACUGACUGUUUAAAUAAAUUCAUAUUUGUAGAAUUAAUUUUGUGUAAAUAAUGAAAUUCAACAUAUAAUCGGUCACGAAAAUUUGUUUCUCAUGUUACAUCACAAAUAACACAUUUAUUAAAAAAUACAUUGGCGGAUAAAAAUCAUUAUUUCUCUCGAAACCUUAAUGUGCUACAAGGUGUAAAUAAAUUUCGGAAAAUCCAUAAAGCGAAUGGAACAUUUUGUACACUCUGCAUGCACAUUACAUUGUAAUUAUGGUAAAUUUAUGUUGAUAUAUUCGAAUCAUUUUUCCAGACUCUCCAUAAACAAAUUACCUAACAAUUUAUAUUGAAUAUAAUUUUAAUGAGCUCUAUCUUACAAAUGUAUUAAUAAGGCAAUAAAACAUAUAAUAAUACUGCAGAAGAUAUUUCCAAUUCUCUUGAAAUAUCUGAAUUUUGCAAGCGUAUUUACGUAAACUUUUCGUGAACUGAUCAUAAAUAUUGAUCUGAAAUUUUUGCAUAGUAGUGUAUUAUGUACGUCUCGAACGGCGUGGUCAUUGAAACGGAACGAUCUGUUGCAGGGUGCAGGUACGAGGGUCGUAGAUACCAAGAGGGCACGUCGGUGGUCACGUCCGAGCCCUGUUUGCAGUGCAGGUGUAACGACGGUGCGCUCAGAUGUCGUCUUCGAGUUUGUCCACGACUACCAAACCCACCACCCAUCGGAUGCCGCGUUCACUCGCCAGGGGAGAACGUCUGUUGUCCGGAAUUAGUUUGCGACGAGACACGUUGCUUGCACGAGGGCGUGAGAUACGGGCCUGGCUCGGCGAUGAUGGGAUCACGUAGAUGCGAGUACUGCUACUGCAUCUCUGGCACGAGAAGAUGCAUCAGGCCAAAGUGCCUUCUGCCCCUGCCAGGAUGCACUCCGUUAUAUGCACCGCAGUCUUGUUGCCCGGUUGCCUACAAUUGUACUCGGUGCCGCGUGGGUUCGAGAAUAUACGAGGAGGGUGAAAUGGUCCGUGACAUCGAGUGGAAAGCUGCCUGCGACAAUUGUUUCUGCGCGAUGGGCGCAGUACGAUGCGUGCCCCUUGCUUGUGCGCCACCUCUUCAAGGCUGUAGCCCGAUCGUACGCGAAGGGCACUGUUGUCCAUCCACCUACAACUGCACCGGCAGUCGAUCAAAUAACAAAUCCUCCGGUUGAGGGACGGGGUCACCGAGUGGUCGAGGAACGAAUCGAUUCAAGUACGAAGGAACCCGUGGACGAACCUUCUUCUAUCGUGACUGAUUCCACAUCCUGGCCCGCUACUUUCGAGACCGAUAUUAUGGACAACGAGAUACUCGAGACCGUUGACUACGUGAAGUCCAGCCCGGAAAUCGCCACCACUACUUCUGCCACUGUCGAAGAGUCAACGACGAGUGUCGACUCGUUCACAGUGGAAUCGACCCUGUCCAUCAGAGACGACGAUCUCUCGAACGACUCGUCGACAAUCUUCUCAACGAACAGCGUCGGUGAGUCGACGACGAUCAACGUUAUCGAGGAUCUGUCGUCGAUGGACGAUACGACGAGCACCACGACUACGACGACGACGACGACGACGACGACGACGACGACGACUACGACUACGACUACGGAAUCAACGACCCUGUUACCGGAACCGAGCGGAAACGAUACAGUGACGGAGCUACAGCAGCCAGAGGAGGAGAAGAUGCACAACGUGACCGUGACGAACAAGAAUGCGACCUCGUCGACGAGCGGAGAGCUCGAACAGGAUUUCGAGCACGCCAACUCGACGGUGAAACCGAUUGAGACUACGGAGUCGAUGAGCAAAAGCUCCGUCACUAGAACGUCAUCCUCCACCGUGGUAAUGCCGGACGACAUCCUGGUGAUGAACGUGACUGUGAAAACAAACGUCUCGGUGGGUCAUAUACAGGGUGUGACGAUCAACCCGAUUAGAUCGAUCCCGCCGGACGUCGAGGCCAUUCUGAACAUCACUCAUCGGGAAAAGGGCGAGGAUUACGAUUAUGAUUACAGCGAGCCGACGUUGCCGCCGUCGUUACCCAAUGUCAGGAUAAUUCCGUUCGUGGCAGCGGACGCGUUAGUGAAAGACAAGACGGUCCCGUCGCCGGUCACCGGAUAUCCUUCCGGUUCGGUGGUGGUGCCUCCGGAACUGCGGCCCACCGACACCUCCGGAUUUUACGACAUCGCCACUCAGGAAAACAGAUUCAGCCCGCCAGUGGAGACCGAAGGUGGAUUCGUUCCAAGGGAACCGCCCUAUUUCGACGCGUCUUACCAUUCCACCGAUCUGAAUCUCGAAAUCGGAACAGGCGUCACCGUGGUUCCGGCUCCAAUCAGCAAUCCUCAUCGUAAAAGCGAUGCCAGCAACUGUCUCUUCGAGAAUAUGGAGUACCGUCACGGGGAGAUUCUGCCGAGCAGCAGUAUCUGCGUGAUUUGCAUGUGCUACUACGGCGAGGUGGUCUGCUCCUCGGAAAAAUGUCCGCCACUGAAAAUCGGAUGCAGAAGGAUCAACACCAAGGAGACGUGUUGCGGGAAAAUCGUCUGUGUGGAAGCGGAAGAAUCACCAACGUUAGUGUUAGAUCGUGCAGAUGCAACAGCGCCGUCCCUUCAUCAACCGAUCGUCUCUCCAGACCCAUUUCGCGACGUGAUCAAGACAGAGCCAGCCCCUGAUCUGCCUUCUCUGAUCGAGGACAUGAUCCCUUACCUGGUAGAACACGGGAUCACCACACCGAGGCCAUCGACCACCAGCACUCUGAAACCUCUGCAAGCAAACUUCGAUUUCGUAGAUAAAUUAGCUCUCCUUCGUCCGCCGUACAGGCCAGACGAGGACCCGACCAGGCUAAUCUCCCAGAAUAAAUACAAUCUGAAUCAGGAUGAACAUCCGGAGGAAGCGAUCUCCCCGAGUUACAGUUCCAAAGAAACUGAACGGACGUCAAAUCACGUUUCUGAGACGAUCCCGCAGAAAACUGGCUCGCCAAUGACGGAUUAUACCACUAAGAAACAGGAGGAUCAAACCGUUCCCUCUCUCCUCAACGCGACGAACCCUAAUCCCAUUAAAUCGAACGCUUCGAACGUCAACGAGACGAAUGCCUCAUCGGAGUCGAAGCUCGAAGAUUCGAAAUUGAAUAAUUCAAAGUUGAACAAUUCGAAGUAUCAUGCUGCUACGACUAAACCACCUCCCGCAGAGUUGGAGGAUCCUAUAUUUAGCCUGGACAGUGUUCUAGAUUUGUUGUUCUCUUCAGACAUGAAUAACAAUCAGGAUGAUAAAGAUACGAAGCCAACCGAAGCAACGACUACACGUAGAUCGACUACGGAUGUUAAUCGCGAGUCAGAGGAUGAGAGGAUGUCCUCUAUAGUGAGUGAGAAGCUGGAGGAACACGUGACGGAGGCUGGAACGUCUUCGAAGGUUCUGGAGAACGAGAUACCCGUGUCGGUAGCUAGUUUGUUAAAAUUGGCUGGAUGUAACAUCUAUGGGAGGAUGUAUCGCGUUGGUAGGAUCAUCACCGAGCUCUCUGGACCUUGUCUGGAGUGCAGGUGCACGGAGAUCGGUGUGCAGUGCAAGCAGCUUAAGUGUUGAUCGAAGUUGGCUGUGCCAAGCUGGGCCAAGCUGUUUUCCUUGCAAUUAGGUUCGUUCGAGUUAAUAGAUUCACUGCUGUGUCUGGACGCAUCCCCCCC